CACUUUUUGCACCUGGCGACCAGGAAACCCGCGUUCGGAAACUCCAGAUUGACGUCAAAUACUGGCUGGAAGCACGCAAACCAAUCACUGGCUGCCAGAUACGUUUUGCCCACCUAAACGAUCCCGAAAUAGCAAUGUCACAAAACGAACCCGAACCAACUCGAGCCGCAAAUGAAGAGAGCUGCAACUCUUCUGCGAUGGUCCACUACGCAGAGGACGAGAGUGGGCAGUACCUUGAAGCAUAUGGUCACAAAUUCCACGCAUCGGGCAACAUCUAUGUGCCCUUUGACGAGGAAGAGCAGAGACACAUGCACGCACGCCACAAGCUCCUGCGAACGUGUCUUGGAGGCGCGCUGACUAGUACUCGCCUUCCGCCCGACACAAAAACAAUCGUGGAUAUUGGCACCGGCACCGGGGUGUGGGCCAUCGAGAUGGCGGCCCGGUAUCCUGGCUCCACGAUAAUGGGAAUCGACAUCUCCAAGAUCCAGAGCAGCGUCGUACCCGGUAAUGUUCGGUACCUCAUCGCGGACAUUGAGCAGCCAUGGGAGAUGGCAGACGACUAUGCAGACUUUGUCCACAUGCGCGACAUUACGGGUGGCAUCCGGAACUGGCCGGGUCUGGUGAGCCAGGCGUUUCGAAAACUCAAGCCCGGCGGCGUCCUAGAGAUGACGGAGAUGCGAACCACGAUACACGAUUUUGACGGCAAGUUUGACGACGCGGAUAUAUGCCCCUCCUUCACGAAGCUGUUUCGGACCCUCUACGAGAGAGUCAACAUGGACUUUGAUCCGGCUCCAAAGUUUCCGGAAUGGCUCCAUGCCGCCGGGUUCGAAAACGUCAAGCAGCGCAUGGAGAUCCUCCCGAUUGGGGAUUGGGCAAAGGACGACCAGCUUCGGCAACGGCAGAAGCUGGUCAACAACCUCGUCAUGCAAUAUUUGGGCCAUCACUCGACCAUGAUCUUCGCCGGCGCCGGCUACGAGCAAAAAGCAUUCGACGAGCAACUAAGCGCCAUCAAGCGGGAGCUGUUCGACUCGCAACAGUCAAAACCAUAUGUCAUGGCGGUUUUUACCACGGCUAGGAGACCAACCACGACCAGCGACUUAGCACCCCUCUGAAGGAAAGCCUGUGUCCCAAGGUUUUAGCUGCCACUACACUACGUACACUACACACACCUACACCAAUCUAGCGCGACCGCCUCGGAUGACCUCACCCGCACUUGCAUGCCAAAUUUUGACGAUCGUCCGUGGUAGU